AUGAAAAGUCGAGUCCAUAGCGAGGCCAGAGUGUAUACUACCGCCAACGUCAAGCGGGGCCCGGCAUACUGGGACUACGAAAACACCUUAAUCGACUGGAUUCCAAAUAAUGGAGCAUACGAGAUCGAGAACAAAGUAGGUCGUGGUAAAUAUUCCGAGGUGUUCCAGGGUGUACAGCUCGCAACCAAAUCGAAAAUCGUUAUUAAGAUGCUCAAACCUGUCAAGAAGAAAAAGAUCAAGCGAGAAAUCAGCAUUUUGACGAAUCUUUCGAAUGUAGCAGAGCCUCCAACAGCAGGACCGUUCGACGAAGAAAAAUACUACGAGAAUCGAAAGAGUGAUGUUCUGGAGUUUAGGCGUUGUAAGGUCUACAAUAGACCUCACGACGGUCACAAAAAUAUAAUCCAACUUUUGGACGUUGUGCGCGAUCAAGUUUACCGAACACCAGCGUUAAUUUUCGAACAUGUUGAAAAUGUGGACUUCCGCACCCUUUACCCAACGUUUAGCGAUCUUGAUAUUCGCUACUACAUGUUCGAACUCCUCAAGGCGCUGGAUUUCUGUCACUCCAUGGGCAUCAUGCAUAGAGAUGUCAAACCGCACAAUGUCAUGAUCGACCAUGCAAGACGAAAGCUUAGACUGAUAGAUUGGGGUCUUGCUGAGUUUUAUCACCCCGGUAUGGAGUACAAUGUACGUGUGGCGUCGCGUUUCUUCAAAGGUCCAGAGCUCCUCGUCGAUUACCGGAUGUACGAUUACUCUUUAGACCUUUGGUCUUUCGGCACCAUGCUUGCGUCCAUGGUAUUUCAAAAAGAGCCCUUUUUCCACGGAACUAGCAAUACUGAUCAACUGGUCAAGAUUGUACGUGUAUUGGGUAGCGAAGAUUUCGAGGCAUAUUUGCAAAAAUAUCAGAUCACCCUGCCUCAAGAGUUCCACGACAUCGAUCAAUACAUCCGCAGACCUUGGCACAGGUUUGUCAAUGAUUCUAAUAAACAUCUGUCGGAUGACCAUGAUAUCAUCGAUUUAAUCGACAGUUUGUUAUGCUAUGACCACCAAGAAAGACUAACGGCCAGAGAGGCCAUGCAACACGACUAUUUCGAUCCCAUUAGAAAUCCGGAUCAAGAUUCCGAUCAAUGA